CUACGAGCCGGGCUUCGUCGGGAUCCGCUUCUGCCAGGAAUGGUGAGGGAAGGUGGGCUCCCAGGAGGCGGAUGGGGCCGAGCACGGCGUGUCCCGUCAUCCCCAGCCACCUGGGUUGACCUGCCUGGGGAUGAUGGGCAACAACAUGUUGUACCCCAAGGAGGACAAAGAGAACAGGAUCCUUCUCUAUGCGUGCCGGAACUGCGACUACCAGCAGGAAGCUGACAACAGCUGCAUUUAUGUCAAUAAGAUCACCCACGAAGUCGAUGAAUUAACCCAGAUCAUCGCUGACGUUUCUCAAGAUCCAACUCUGCCUCGAACAGAGGACCACCCCUGUCAGAAGUGUGGCCACAAGGAAGCGGUGUUUUUCCAGUCCCACAGCGCAAGGGCUGAGGAUGCCAUGCGGCUGUAUUACGUCUGCACAGCCCCACACUGUGGUCACCGUUGGACUGAGUGAAGCAUUUGGAGAUGGCAUUUCCACCCCACGUUGUUGGCUGCCUUCCACUCUUUUGGAAACUACCAGAUGAUUUAUCGGCUCCUUUACUUUUCUUAAUUGCCUUGUUUGAAUCUAGUGUCCUGAUUGUUUUGCUCUGUGAAUAAAAAUGCAUUAUUUUUUGAGAAACCUCUAA